CACAGGCACUAAUUACAGAUUGGAGCCCCAGGCAGCGACAACUAGAAGCUGUGCGUGCGUCUGUGGAACCUACAAACACACACUUAUCCAACUUUCUCAAACUUGGCUUGAACUCCUGGACACAUACUCGUUGGAACCUUGAACACACUCCUUCCCAGUGUGUGUUGGUCUUCCAGUAACCAUGGCUCAGUCUGAAGCUAAUGGCCUCAGCCCGGACCUCUCCAAUGGAGCCAUCAUCCACAGCCCUAUAGGAACCUGUACCAACCCGGACAGACAGAGACAACGAGAUGAAGAGGAGGAGGAGGAGGAUGUAGAACUAGCAGAGGAGGUGUUAGAACUGGGGGAGGAGGUGGACGAGGACAUGGAGGACAUUGGGAUGGCAGGUGAGGGGGAAGGUGCAGCUGAUCAUUUCGAAGUGACGAUGCAAGCUAGCGAGAGCGGAGGAAAGGAGGGAGAGGAGGGGGAGAGGGGGAUUGAAGAGGAGGUUGGUUUACAGGAAAAGAGAGAGGGAGAUAAAGGGGAGGGGGAGCUGACUGUGCCAGUUGUUGUAAUUGAAGAGGAGCAGGAGAAAUCUGUAGAGGCUGUUGAAGAAGAGAAGUUCGCUGAGAGAGAGGAGUCAGCAGGGGCGGACAAAGAGAGAGAAAUAGAGGAGAGAGAACCUCCUCUCCCCCCACCACCCCCGAGUUUACCUGAAACUGAGUCCAUUAAUGAUGAGGUAGAGAGGAAAGACGAGGACACAUCUCCAGAGGCAGAAAAGGCACAAAUCGUUUUGCCUAUUGAUGAGACAGAGAAGACAGAGGACGAUGUCGGUUUGACGACAACAGAACCGCCAGUUCCGUCUACUAAUGAUGAGGUGGAGAGUAAAGAAGACCUGUGUACAGAGAGUGGCGGUCAGGACGCAGAGAUGCCCAUCAGCCAGGUGACUAAUUAUGAUGGCAUGGCGAGAGUGAGUGAUGAAAGCGGGAGCCAAGUAACUGAGGACUGUCAAACUGUGUCCACUAGUGAUGAGGUUAGAGAGACACGGCAGGAGGAAGGACAGGAAGAGGAGCCUAAACAUCAGCCAGGCAAUGACAAUGAAGGAGAGAGUGAGGAAAGUAACAAUACAUUGGCAAAAAAUCGACAGGUUUCACAAGAAGAGAUGGAUGAGAACCAGCAGGGAAGUGAGAAGAGUACAGAGAAAAAAGAGGAGGAGGUUAAAAGCCCUGUUACAGAGGAACAGGGAGAGACAACUAAAGCAGUUUUAGAGAAAAAAGAGGAGACCCAUCAAGCGACAGAGCACCAGCCCCCGUUGUUCGUUACCAAGGAGUUCAUAGAGCUUGGAGUCGUCAAGAGUCAGGCAACCACAGCUCAACAGCCACAGGAUGUUGUCACUCCACCUGUUGAGGUAGAGGGAGGGAGCAAGAGCAAGGCACAGCCCCUGAUACAGCCCAAUGAGAGUCAGGAGGGUGAGAAUGGCUCUAAAAAGGAGGGAGGUUUACAACAGACAGAACAGCAGCUACAGGUGGAAGAGGGUGACAGUGAUAGGGCAGUGGAGAGAGGUGGUGGGGAGAGGGAAGAACCACGACAGGUUGGGGAUAAUGCGGUGGUGGGGAUGGACACAGGAGGCAGCAAAGUAGAGGAAGAGCAAAAGAAGGAGGAUAAUGUAGACAUAGCAGAGGAAGAGAGAAGAGGUGGCGGUAUGGAGGAACACACAGAAAAGGCUUUGGAGCCUGAUAAUGCUGCCAGAGAAGAGGGGGAAGAGAAAGAAGACAACGUUGCAGCUCAGCCACAGGUACAGAUACUCAAGGGUUCAGCAGGAGCUACACAGGAGGACAAUGACAAGGAUUUAGAGCAUGUUGAGGAGGCUUUCGAGCUUGAGGAGGGAGGAGACAUGGAGAAAGAACAGCCAGGAGAGGUCAUUCUGGAUGAGCCCGGAGCUGCAGAGGUGGGAGGGGCUGAAGAGAUGGAUAAUCCGGUCCCGGUCUCAGAGAUAGGGACGGAAGGAGCAGAGGGGGGGGGUGAGUUGGAGGAACAGCCAGUAACAAACAUUGACGAUAAUCUAGACUCACAGUCAGAGGGAGCGAUUGAGAUGGCGGAAGAGCCAAAAGAUCUCAUUGAGGAAGAGUCUAAAUCUGCAUUAGAGGGAGGCAGCGAGAGAGUAGAACAGCCAGGGCCUGCCACUAAGGAUGAGCCAGUAAAGUUUGGGAAGGAAUACACAGCGAAGGAAAGAAGGAAAGAGAAGAAAGAAGAGAUGGAGCUAGGGGUCAAAGGUCGCAAAGCCAGGAUAGAGAAUGGGUUCCCUGGAACAGAGGAGGUGAAACGACAACUGCUGAAUGAGAUGCUGCUAUCUCCCACAAGGCUAAGACAAGGAGAAAUUAAUGAGGAGGCGACAGUAAAAAGAGAUGGGGUGACACCCUGCAGAGGGAGCAACGACUGGAACAAGAUGGAGGCCCUAGAGGAGGCGCAGACCCGCAGAGGGAGCAACGACUGGAACAAGAAGGCGGCCCCAGAGGAGGCGCAGACCCGCAGAGGGAGCAACGGCUGGAACAAGAAGGCGGCCCCAGAGGAGGUGCAAACCCGCAGAAGGAGCGAUGACUGGAUCAAGAAGGCCCCAGAGGAGGCACAGACCCCCGGGAGGAGGGAGGACUGGAUUAAGAAGUUGUCCCCAGAGGAGGCGCAGACCCCCAGGAGGAGGGAGGACUGGAUAAAGAAGGAGGCCUCAGAGGAGGGGCAGACCCCUGGGCGGAAGGAGGACGGGAUUAAGAAGUUGUCCCCAGAGGAAGCGCAGACCCCCGGGAGGAGGGAGGACUGGAUAAAGGAGCUGAAGUCGGUGCUCAAAGAGGAGGUACUUUCCCCGAAGAAGAGAGAGGAGCAGGUGAAGAAAAAGAAGAAGAAGGUGGUGGUCAUGGACGAGGUGCCCACGUUUAUGCACCAGAGGACAGAGGUGAAGAUAGAGGUGAAGAAAGAGAAGGAGGCGCAGGGGGAGGAGAAGACGCCAAAGAAGUCUGUGAGGCUGCAGAGCCCAACUCCUCACGGGGAAGACAGCGACAUUUCGGACCCCCAGGAGUAUGAGAUCUUCCUCUAUGUCAAGGCUGGCAGUGAUGGUGAGAGCAUCGGGAACUGUCCGUUCUCCCAGCGCCUCUUCAUGAUCCUGUGGCUGAAGGGAGUUAUCUUCAACGUCACCACAGUCGACCUCAAAAGGAAACCAGCGGACCUGCAGGACCUGGCCCCGGGGACCAACCCUCCGUUUGUCACAUUUAACGGGGAGGUGAAGGUCGAUGUCAACAAGAUAGAAGAGUUCCUGGAGGAAAAACUCACGCCACCACGGUACCCCAAGUUGGCGACUAAACACCCAGAGUCAAACACCGCAGGUAUAGAUGUGUUCUCCAAGUUCUCUGCCUACAUCAAGAACCCCCGCAAAGAUACCAACGACGGCCUGGAGAAGGCCCUGUUGAAGUCUCUGAGGCGGCUGGAUGAAUUCCUGAGGACCCCCCUGCCAGAAGAGAUCGAUGCCAACAGCACAGAAGACCCUCAGGAGUCCACACGCUGCUUCUUGGAUGGACCUGACCUCACACUGGCAGACUGCAACCUGCUGCCCAAACUACACAUUAUAAAGGUGGUGGCCAGGAAGUACCGUUGCUUUGAAAUCCCGGCGGAGAUGGUGGGGGUGUGGCGUUAUCUGAACCACGCCUACAAGAGGGAAGAGUUUACUAACACCUGUCCUGUUGAGCGCGAAAUCGAAUUUGCCUACAUAGAUGUGGCCAAACGAAUCAAAUAGCGAGAGGGGGAGGAGGGAGAGACUGAGAAGGCCCAAUCCCAAAUUGUGUGUGCAUGUGCGUGCGUGUGUGUGUCUUUGUGCACUCACAGGUUGGGUUGCACGGCACUCAUAUGUAGUGUCAUGCCUGCUGUGAAUGUAAGACCACUAGACAGAGAGGUCUGCACCCAUUCCACAUCCAGUCCUUUUGGCCAAAGCCCUCUGCGGUGCACUAUAAUACAGGUAUAUGGUGUCAUUGAAGACACAGACACUGUUAGAAACCUAGAGUACGAACUCUAACAGCGUAUAGUACUAUCUACUAAUAUUGCAACAUUGUAACAUCUGUGUCUUAGAGGAAUAGCAGAGCACAGGUAGACACGCCAUACUUAUAUGAAUAUGCAACACUUUGGCCUUGACCACAGUAUUAACCUAUAUAUAAAAAUUAACAUACAUAUACUUUAUAAAUUCACUUUUCUUUAGUUUCUCCCCCGUCUUAUCUAUGGGUCUAUGGGUGAAUAAUAAUCAAUAGUAAAAAGCUUUUUGAUGUCAAGGUCUGACUUUUCUAUUUGUACGUUUUGUAAAAGCAAAUCUGCUUUAAUACCAUUUAUAUCGAAUUCUAUUGACCAUAACAUGAUUGUGGGUGGGGCUUUCUGUUGAGAAGCUCACCUGUUUGGGCCUUCCUGAACAUGCAGGUUGAAUCGGAAGCCAUUUUGAUUGUGGCGGAAGUGUGUACUGUAUCUCUCUAUGCAAUACUGACACAACCCUGUGUACUCGCCUUAUAAUCCUCACCAGAGGAGACUUUAUUAAACUGAUUUCUGAACAGUGA